UGUGUUUAUUUUUUCUUUUCAGAUUCAUUCAGAAAGUUCCCCCAAAAAUAGAAACCCAGCACUGGUGAAGGAAACCGUCGACAGAGUUUCCAUUCAAAAGAAAAAUUCCUUUUUUCCUUUUUGCGAAAGAAAUUUCCUUCCAUACUUUUAUUUAUUUUUUGGGGGGGGGGGAUUUCCCGAUAAAUCUUCCAUUACACCACUACAAGGGGGAAAAACCCAUAGCCAUUCUUACCGAGUGACAUUUACCAGUACUAUAGUUGAAGCGGAUAUACAUUUCAAGAUGCAAAGAUCAAAUAAAAUGUAUUGAAAAUAAAGUGAGGACCUGUAACUGUAAUCAUAUAUCUGAACCAUAAAAAUAAAAUUACACUUCAGACAUUACUGAAUUUUUUAAGCAGUUGAUGAAACGUGUACUACGCAUACAUUAAUUAUAUAGUUCCACGUAAAAUCAUCGGAUUUUAUGCCAUUUGAAUAAAAGCAAGAGAGUUUUCGUAUAAGUUGUAAAAAAAUGGACAAUAAUGUAUUUAUAGUGUAAUUCCCAGCUUCCGUAAUUUUUUUUAUAUUAAUAUGGAGCUUUCCGACAUUGGACCAGUAACUGAUGAGUCUUUGUGCGAAGCCUGCCCAUCAACAUUACCUCUGGUCAACUACUCCAACAUGGAAAUGAUGGUCGCCAAUGAUAUGGAGGACAACGGAACUUGGAAUUCCACUGAAUAUGUGCCUUAUGAGGAAAGAAUGGAAACUUACAUAGUCCCAAUUGUCUUCGCUGUGGUCUUCGUGGCUGGCUUCUUGGGCAACGGCACUCUCAUUUGCAUCUUCCUCCGGCACAGGACCAUGAGAACGAUCCCUAACACCUACAUAAUGAGCUUAGCCGUGGGGGAUUUCAUCCUCAUUGUUGGAACAGUUCCUUUCAUAAGCACUAUCUACACUUUCGAAAGCUGGCCGUACGGGGAGUUCAUUUGCAAACUCAGCGAGUUUUUGAAAGACGUUUCCAUGGGCGUGACCGUCUUCACUUUGACGAUGCUUAGCUACGAUCGAUACAUAGCCAUCGUUCUGCCCAUCAAGAGGCACACCAACAGCAAUGCUAAGACCAUGACAAUUGCGACGGCGUUCGGGAUCUGGUUCUUGUCCAUUUUAUUGGCAACUCCGGGUGCUUAUGUUUCCUUCCUCUGGGAGGUCCCAGUCAGCAAGGACAAGGUCAUCUAUGUUUGCUAUCCGUUCCCACAAAACCUCAUGCCGUGGUAUCCCCGCGUAGUCGUCAUCACCAAGUUUAUGCUGCUGUAUGGAAUCCCUCUGAUUCUAAUCGCGUCUUUCUACGUCAUGAUCGCAUGGCAUCUCAUGCUGAGUUCUAGAAAUAGCAUCGGAGAGAAUCCAACCCAGUUGAAGCAGCUCAGGUCGCGCACGAAGGUGGCCAAGAUAGUUUUGGCUUUCGUGGUCAUCUUCGCCGUCUGCUUCUUCCCCAGCCACGUCUUUCUUAUCUGGUAUUACUUCGAUCCAAACCCGAACGCACACUACAAUUCCUUCUGGCACAGCUGGAAGAUUAUGGGGUAUGUCAUGACCUUCGCUAACAGCUGUUUGAAUCCGAUCGCGCUUUACCUCAUCAGUAGCGUGUUCCGCAACUACUUCAAACGGUAUCUAUUCUGCUGCUGUUGCAAGCCCAAGGAGAUUCGAAAAGAGACCGUAACCUUCCACAGCACCACGCUACGGAAUAUACCGGAAGGAAUGCUGAAGAAUGUUUGAGAAUUUAAAUAUUAAAAUGCAUAGAACAUAUUUAAAUAACAUUUAACGUCUGACAAAAAUCUGUGUUUAUAAAUGUUGUGAAAUAAAUAAAAAUUUCUCGC